AUGUACGAAACGUCUUGUCUUUUUAAAUUAACUUCUACCUAUAGAUUUAAAUUUCCACGUGGUUUAGCAAAUAUUAAAAUUGGUAUAAAUGGAUUCGGUCGUAUUGGUCAAUUGAUCUUUCGAUGCACACUUGAACAAGAUAUUCAAGUAGUUGCUAUCAAUGAUCCAUUUAUUCCUGCUGAUUAUAUGGUUUAUCUGAUUAAAUACAAUUCAACACAUGGACGCUUCAAAGGUGAAGUUUCAACUAUAAAAGGAAAACUCUUUGUAAAUGGAAAGAAAAUCAAUGUCCAUAAUGAAAAAGAUCCAUCAGACAUUCCAUGGAGUGAAGUCGGUGCUGAAUAUAUUGUUGAAUCAACUGGUGUAUUUACAACAAUUGCCAAAUGUCGAUCACAUUUACACGCCGGUGCUAAAAAGGUUAUAAUUGCAGCAUCAUCAGUUGAUUCUCCAAUGUUUGUUAUGGGAGUCAAUGAAGAUAAAUAUAGAGAAAACCAAACAAUCAUUUUGGCUACAUCAUAUACAACAAAUGCUUUAGCACCACUUGCUAAAGUUGUUCAUGAAAAAUUUGGUAUUAUUGAAGGUUUAAUAACAACUAUACAUUCAUAUACUGUUGCACAAAAAACUGUUGAUGAAUCAUCAAAUAAAAAUUGGCGUAAUGGACGUGGAGCUACACAAAAUAUUAUUCCAUCAUCAACUGAUGAUGCUAAAGCUGUUGGAAAAAUAAUUCCUGAUUUAAAUGGAAAAUUAACUGGUAUAUAUUUUCAUGUUCCAACACCUAGUGUCUCAGCUACUGAUUUGACUGUUCGAUUAAACAAAGGAGUAAGUCAUUUUUUUUUAAUUGUUAUUUAG